UUUGGUCACUUAAUUAAAAAAUUAUAAUUUAAUCACUAAAUUAUUCAAAAGUUUUCAUUUAAGUCAUUGAAUUAUUUAAAAAUUUCUAUUUAAGUCACUUGGAUGUAGAGGUGUCAUGAGUUGGGUUGAGGUUUGGUUUCAAAAUAUUUUUCAAGUCUAGGCUCGUUUUUGGGCAUGCUUAGUCUGCCCAAAAAGCUUGUUGUACUAUUAAAAUUAAUAAAAUAUUAAAACAUAUUUUUUAGUUGCUAUUUUAUAUAUUUUUAUAAUUAAAUUUUAAUUUAGGGACACCUUUUUAUUAUUUAAAUUGAAUUUAGGAAAUUGAAUUUAAGUCUGAGCUUGACUUAAAGUACAAAAAUCUUUGUCUGAGUUUAGCCCUAGUUGGGUUAGGUCUAUCGGGCUGGGUGGGUUAUUUUGCUCUUAAAUAGGUUUACUGGGUUGGUAAGAUUUUUUUUUAAAGUUUCGCCAAUGGUUUUCAAUUUUAACAAUUUAGUAACUUAAAUGAAAACUUUUGAAUAUUUCAGUGAUUAAAUUGUAAAUGUUUUUAGUUAAGUGACCAAAACGAAAAUUUACUUAUAUUUUAGUAGCUAAUUGUGAGUUUGCCCUUUAAAUUUGACCUUAAAAGGCCCAAAUAAGCCAGUAUUAGAUAAAUGGGCCUCCAACUCCAUCAAAAAAAAGAACUAAAAAAAGUUGUAAAACCCAGCGAGCAUCGCCCUUCUUCGCUUUGUUGGUGUUCGUACUUUUGGCAGAGAGCUUUGUUUCCCUUUGCAGUGUAUUGUUGAACUAAAAGGAAAAAAAUAAAAAUAAAAAUAAAAAUAAAAAUGGACAUAGCACUCUUUUCUCCGUCUUCACUUUUUGCCGAUGCCGAAGAAGUCUCUGUUGACGAGGAAGUUACAGAUGUCCAUCAGAGCUUUGUGGAGAGGAGACACCAGUUUCCUGGCAUGGAGUUGCUUAUUCGAGAAUUUUCCUUCCACCAGUUGAAUGCUAACUUACUCUGGCCAGGUACGUUUGCAUUUGCAGAAUGGUUAGUUCAACAUCAUUCAUGGAUAGAAGGUCGUCGUUGCCUUGAAUUGGGAAGUGGGACUGGAGCUUUGGCUAUUUUCCUUAAGAAAUCAUUUAAUCUUGACAUAACUACAUCAGACUAUGAUGAUCAGGAAAUUGAAGAGAACAUAGCUCAUAACUGCCAGGCAAAUGGAAUUACGCCUGUCCUUCCUCAUGUAAAGCAUUCAUGGGGAGAAACCUUUCCAAGUGCUGAACCAGACUGGGACCUUAUCAUAGCAAGUGAUAUCCUAUUGUAUGUCAAGCAGUACCCUAACUUGAUAAAGUCUCUCUCUUUUCUCCUAAAAUCUUACAAGCCAGAAGAUGACAAAGCUAUUCCUUCUGUAGGAAAUGACCAGAGUAGCGGAAUGUGUAUGGGGUUGGCUGUACCGGCAUUUCUAAUGAGCUGGAGACGCAGAAUUGGCAAGGAGGAUGAAUCACUCUUCUUCACCGGCUGUGAGAAUGCUAGUCUUGAAGUAAAGCAUAUUGGAUCCCGCGUGUAUUUCAUCAAACCAAGAGAAAAUAUGGUGGCCACCACUGGUAGUAUUGAUGAUUGAAGCUGGUAUGAAAUUUAAGAAUGGCAGUUUCUUCUUUGUGGUCUAAAUCGGGAGCAUGGUCUUAUUUAGUGAAGUGGCAAUUGAGAAUUUGUUCAUUUAGAAUGUUUUUUUAAUGCGUGAUGUUGAUGUUUCUCUUGAGACAAUAAAAUUUUGUCACGGUGUCAGCUCUGGGAGUUUGCAACGUUUGUAACAAAAACCAUUUUGAAUGGAUUAAAUACACUUUGAAAGUCCUUUACGAUA